AGAACAGAGGUGAAACCUGCCGGAGAAGAGUAGAGGAAAAGACCCCGGCCAAAAUGGGAAAUUCGAAUUCUUCAUCGGCAAAUCCUCGCUUCACUUCUGCUUCAAGAGCUUUUACGCAGAAGAAGCUCGAAGAUCUGAAAUCUCUGUUCGCCUCCCUCGCUUCCAAGUCUCAGAGCAAUGACCAAUACGUAUCGUACCCUGCUUUCCAGGAGUAUUUUGGUCUGAGUGGUUGUUUAGGAGAAAGGAUCUUCGAUAUGGUCACUCAACACAGGAAAGAUGAUAAAAUGACUUUUGAAGAUCUUGUUAUUGCUAAGGCAACGUACGAGAAAGGAACUGAUGAUGAAAUUGCUGAGUUUAUAUUCCAGACUUUGGAUGUAACUGGCAAUGGAGUCUUGACAAGGUCUGACUUAGAGUCGGUACUGGUGGUGAUUUUGAAGACUGUGUUCUCCACUGAGAGUUCUAAUGCGGAAUCAAGUGAUUACAAGGAGAUGGUGGAUGCAUUACUCAAUGCCGCUACUUUCUCAAAAUCUGAUGAUGGUUCAGAAAAAGGAAUGUCUUUUGCGGAUUUCAGAAGCUGGUGCUUACUCGUUCCAACUAUCAGAAAGUUCCUCGGAAGCUUGCUUAUGCCCCCGGGUCCAGUGAGACCUGGAAAUCAAGUCCCACAUCUGCUUUAUGAAGAUGGUGUUGAUUCAGAUAGGCUAUUAUUGAAGAAGGAAUACGCUUGGCAUAUUGGAGGAGCUCUUCCUCACCACGAGCUUGAAGAGUGGAAGCUCCUGUAUCACAGUUCUUUGCACGGUCAAAGCUUCAACACAUUUCUAGGACACACAUCAAACACUGGUAUGUCGGCAUCUGUGUUAAUCAUCAAAGACAAAGAAGGCUGUGUGUAUGGAGGAUACGCCUCUCAACCUUGGGAGAGGCACAGCGAUUUCUAUGGAGAUAUGAAGUCGUUUCUUUUCCAACUAAGUCCUAAAGCAGCCAUCAACAGACCUACUGGAGCGAACACCAACAUUCAAUGGUGUGCUACUAAUUUCACAUCAGAGAACAUUCCAAACGGCAUAGGAUUUGGAGGUAAAAUCAAUCACUAUGGUAUAUUUGUAUCAGCAAGCUUCGAUCAAGGCCAGACAUUUGAAUGCACGACGUUUGGUAGCCCAAGCCUUUCCAAGACGAGCAGAAUACAGCCAGAAGUGAUCGAGUGUUGGGGAAUCGUUCUAGCCUCAAACGAACUAGACACCAAACACAACGCCAUGAAAGGUACUGUUCUAGAGAGAUUUAAAGAAGACCGCAAUAUGCUCAAACUAGUCGGCAUGGCAGGUAAUUCGAAUGAUUGAGAAAAAGAGCUUUUUGUUCUGAGAUUCAAUCUUACUUAUACAGUGUUUGUGUCUGUGUACAACUACAUUUUGUAUUAUCAAUAAGAGUGAUGUGUGUAUAAUUACAAUUCACACCAA